AUUUUAUUUUUCCUUACUUUUUCUUCAUUCGGAGGACCACAAUUCUAGAAACCCGAAAAAAAACAGUACAUAAUAAGAUCUACAAUCCCAUAGAAGUCGCAUCUCCGAUUAGUGAUUGAAAGCAUCAUAUUAAGAUCGAUUGUAUUGUAAUCUUUGAGACUAGGCUGGAACAAUUUUAUUUACCUUUUUUUUUUUAGAAAAUGAUGAUUAGGAUGACAAUGAUGACGGCAAUGUGGCUGCUAAUUAUAAUCUCAUGGGUGCCGGAAGUGAAAUCAAUCCGGUUCGAAGUGGCGUCAGGUGGGAAAAAGUGCAUCCUGGAAGACAUCAAGACCAACGCCAUGACCAUCGGCAGGUUCAGCGUCGUAAAUCCUAACCCGGGUUCCCCCAUGCCGGACCAUCACAAAGUCACUGUCCGGGUGACAUCCUCGAAAGGAUCAACCUACCAUACAACGAAUCAGGUGGAAUCGGGUACAUUUGCAUUCACGGCUUACGAAGGCGGCGAUUACAAGGCUUGUUUUUGGGUGAACCAUCGACGGCCCGCAAUUGUACUCACCAUUGAGCUUGAUUGGAAAUCUGGAGUUGCUGCCGGAGAUGGGCAAGUUCAUAAACUUGCCACCAAAGGUCAAGUUGAAGCCAUGGAAUCUGAAUUGAACAAUAUGUAUGACCUUGUCAUCAUGAUUCAUGACGAGAUAUUCAAUUUACGUGAAAGGGAGGAAGAGAUGCAAGCACUAAAUAGAUCUACAAAUUCCAAUAUGGCUGUUUUUAGUUUUCUUUCCCUUUUGGUUUGCCUUUCCGUGGCUGGUCUACAACUAUGGCAUUUGAAGACAUUUUUUGAGAGGAAGAAGUUGCUCUAAAGAUCAUUUCAACUCCAUGAUUCACCAAGAAUUCAUGUUAUUGUUGGUGUUAAGGUUACAUGUACAUUGAGCAAAAUAGUUUUUUGGUGUAGAUUUUCAGAAAUGCAUACAAUCGAGACAUAUCGAAUGCAUAUGCCGAAACUUUUACAUUAUAAAACUCCACAUUUGUGUUGUUAUCUUGACAAGAAUCUUGUGGUAAACUCAUACAAACAGUUAUUGCAUUAAAUCAAACUAGAUAUACGUAAGCUAUAGCAAUUGCAUAUCCCGACGUUAGCUUCACAAACUCAAAAUCCAUGAUGUAUUGCAACUCUCUUAUAUAUACUCCACUAGAAUAUGGAAAUUUAUUGUAUGGAUCGGGUU